CAGGAAGUUCCAGAUGCCAUCUGCCAGAGGAUCCGCAUUUGCUCGCCCGGCGGCGAUGAGACGCCGACGGCGGCGACCAGCGGCUUGAUCCCCCACUGGACACCGGAUCGCAUCCGAGUCCUGAGCGCCAUCUCCCCCAUGAUCCGCGCCCAUGUCGAGGAGCUCCGCCAGCGGUCGGAUCGCUGGUGGCUGCCGCUCGUAGAGCUCGGGGACGGCUUCGACAGCGGGGCGGCGCUGCGGGUGCUCGACGCCAUCACGUCGUCGUCCCUAUCUCUACCCCCGGCCGGCACGCAGCAGCAGUCUCAGAACUGGCGCACUAACGAGCGCGUGUCGGUGCUGUGUCGCAACUGCAACGUCAUGUGGUUCUUCGGCGUCGUGCCCAGGCUGCUGCCCGCGUGCCAGAGCUGGCAGGUUGUUGAUGACGACGACAAGCACCAAGUGAUCGCUUCGCGCAAUAUGCCUCGCCAGUCAGCUGCGAGCUCCUCCCGUCGCUGGUCACAGGCGAGCCUGUCCUCGCAGGCGUCCGCGCCCAAGUGGUGCUGGCACUCGGAGCCCGGACACAGCGCCCGCUUGACCUGCCUCCAGAUUGCCAACAUUGCCCUGGUGCUCCAGUGGGACGAGGUCUUCCGGCGAGAGAUCAAGACGGUGGUGUGGGAUUGGACCGGCACGUCGCAGGCCGUGCUGCACACACCCGUGGCACGGCUCAGGACGCAUGGCGACUACGGACUUGACGGUGAGUUUCUUUUCUAUCCGCUCUCGCGGCGCAAGCUGGAAAAGGAAAAGAUCCUACUGCACAUGCGAAACUACCUGCACAGGCACAAGGACUCGCACGCGACGAGCGUCAAGCGGAUCAAUCGAGAAUUCAAGAUGCACACGAUGGAGCUGGUACCGGACAGCUUCCUGCACCCGAGCAUUUACAGCAUGCUGCGCGAGAUCGAGGGGGCCAUCCUCAAGGAGAAGCGGGCAGUGUCGGGUGCCCAGGCCGGACGCCCGCCCCCGCGCACCGUCAACCCCAACCGCCCCACGACGCCCGGCCUGCUCGGCAAAAUCAAAGGCAUGGAGUCGAGUGUCGAAUACAUGUUCUCGGGUGGCAAGCCUCACCGCGACUUUGUUAUCGGCUUCCUGGCCGACGUGCACGAGUAUGUGGCCCAGCAGCAGGAGGAGCUGGCACAGGACAUUUGGAGGUGGCGCCACACAGAGCUGGCGAGAUGG